AUGUCCGCCAUUGGGCUGGAGGACCACCUGGCAGCCAGGUUCUUCUCGAAGGUCUAUUGCUGGCUUCCCUCGCAUCUAACCGUGCGCGGCCUAGCCCAGGACCUGAUCACCGCCGAGUACGAUCAGAGGAAGGCUGCCGGCGCACUCACUGGAGAUGACCUUUCAGCGUCGCUCGUGGCCAUUGGUUUCCAGCGGGCCGUUGUUGACAGCUUCAUCGCAAGGAUCAAAGACCGCGAGAUCGUGCACCAUCAGGGCUUGAGGAACGUCGCGUUCGAUCUCAUCGACUCCGGCAUUCACCAUUGGGCUGCCAACUACUACACCCAUUCGGACGAGCCCGAAGAUGGCGAGACCAAACGGAAAGGGUCGGCUGACUGCGGUGGCCGCGACCUGGGGAACGGUGGCCGAGGCCAGGGCGGUGGCCGAGGCAGCGGCCGAGGGAAGAAAGAGGAAGAGAACCAAUGCCAGGGAGGCGGCGAAGAGGAGGAGGAAGAGGAGGAGGAAGAGGAGGUCAUCACCCUCUUCCACGGGACCACGUUCGAGGCUGCGAAGAGCGCCUUCCGCAGAGUCGACCUGCGCCGUGGACGCGAGAACACCGACUUUGCCAUCGAGAGAGCGUUCUACCUGGGCAACAACGCUUCGCUGGCACAGAGAUGGGCGGAUCAAAAAGCUGCCAGCAGGGGGUGGGACCCGGUACCAGCCUACUUGGUCUUCACGGUGAACACAAGGAUGCUUGCGAAACACAGGCGGAAGGAGUUCGGCAGAGCUGACGACGAGUGGAAAAAAAAAUGGGAAGACUGUGAAGAGAUGAGCGAUGCCAGAUACCCCUUCCGCCAGUAUGCAGCGCUGACGCCGAGAGCCGUCGACUUUCUCAACCGGUCCCCCUGCAAGCUGUGCAAAUGGGACACUGGCAAGUGGGUCGUGGUCGCUCAACGGCCGGCGUGA